AAUAAUAAACUCAAAAAUGAAUACGAAAUCCAAGCGAUGUAUUUACAACUUCAAAGUUUAGUUCACAAAGUAGUGAAUGACAACAGAAUUCCCAUUACUUUGGGAGGCGAUCACAGUAUAGCUAUGGGCUCUAUCAGCGCUAAUGCCGACAAUAUAGUUAAUGGCGAUGACAUGUGUGUCCUAUGGAUUGACGCACACGCGGACAUCAAUACAGUGAAGACGACGAGAACGGGUCACUUCCACGGAAUGCCUCUUUCAUUCCUCAUUCGCCAAAUAGAGCACACCUUUAAUAACCCCAACGGAAACUAUCUUAAAAUAAAGCCAUGUCUUAACGCUAAUAGCAUUGGAUUCAUUGGUCUGAGAGAUGUGGAGUCAAGUGAAAUACAUAUGAUUGAGAAACUAAAUAUAUGUUAUUAUUCGACACAAGACAUCGACAGAAUCGGCAUCAAUGAAGUGAUUGCCCGAACUUUGGACAGAAUUAACCCUAAAUUAGACAAAAGGAUACACAUUAGCUUCGAUGUGGACGCCAUCGACCAAUCGAUAGCCCCGAGUACUGGCACUCCUGUUCCCGGAGGACUCACUUUAAGGGAAGCGUUUUGUAUUGGAGAAGAGAUAUUCAAAACCAAUAAGUUAUGUGGUCUUGAUUUCGUUGAAUUGAAUCCAAUGAUUGGCACUGAGAGUGAUGUCAAGAAGACAAUGGAUUGCGCCCUCAAUGUUAUUCUUUCAUUUUUAGGCAAAUCGCGAAUCAAUUUUAUAAAAUCGUAA